AUGAGGCUCAAUGCCUAUGAUUCUUCCAAGUUAUAUAAACAGGAGAUGAAGGCCUACCAUGACAAGAAACUAUUAAAGAAGAGUUUUCAACUAGGACAACAAGUUCUGCUCUUCAAUUCUAAACUUAGGCUGUUUCUGGGCAAACUCAAGUCCAAAUGGUCUGGCCCCUUCACCAUCAAAGAGGUAAAGCCUUAUGGAGUUGGGGAAUUGAUGGAUCCUUCUUCAGAUGAUUCGAAGAGAAGUUGGGUGGUGAAUGGCCAGAGAUUGAAGUUGUACCAUGGUGGCAACAUUGAGAGAAUAACCACCAUUCUCAAUCUGCAAGACCCUUAG